AUGGCUAUGCGCGCGCUCCGCUUCGCCCGCCUUGCGGCAGUCACUGUCCGGGCUUCAACCUCGGCGCUGGCAGCUGCGCGGCCCGUUACGCGUGUGGCCCCGCAUUCCCGCCACUGGGUCCCCGCACGCCACCUCGCCACGACGACGGCUCACACUCCCGGUGCGAAUGACCGUGUGGUCCUCGCCGCCGACGGCGAACUCAUCACCUGCGGUCCGGGGUACGUGCAGUACUCUGGUCCUGCGCCGGAGAGCGACGCGCACCUGAUCCCCGGCGCGGCGGGAGUGAUGACGUUUGCGCGCCUGCGCGACGCCUGUCCCUGUCCCGCGUGCAUUCACCCAAGCACGCGGCAGAAGACGCACACGUCGGCCGAAGCAGCGACAAUGGCGUCCGAGGCUGGGACUGGCGUCCUUCCCGAGGCGGCCAUGCAUAUCGCCGAGGAGGAGGGUGAGAAGGGUAUAUGUGUCCACUGGCCUACCCCCGAAGGCAAGCACACGAGUUUCUACUCUCUCCCCCUGCUGCGUCGUCUCAACGCCGGCCGCACGCGCGGGCAGAGCUACAUUGAAAACGAGCUGAAGCGGCGCUUAUGGACGUGCGAGAGCCUGGUCAAAGAGACGCCCGAGUCGCUGUGGACCGACUAUGCCGACUUACAUGCAGGAGCGGCGGGCGAGAAGAUCAACCCCAGCCCACUCGUGCUCCACCAUGUCCUCGAGCAGCUGCAGCGCUAUGGCAUAGCUGUUAUCCGUGACGUGCCCACUGCCAAAACGGGUAACGAGGACUGUGACCUCCGCGACCUGGCCGAAAGUAUCGGCCUCCUCCGCACCACGUUCUACGGCGAAACGUGGGACGUCAAGAAUGUGCCCAACGCCCGAAAUGUCGCAUACACCAACCUCAACCUCGGCCUGCACAUGGACCUUUUGUACAUGGCGCUCCCGCCUCGUUUCCAGCUCCUCCACUGUCUCCGGAACAGGGUCUAUGGCGGCGCGUCGUACUUUGUCGACUCGUUCGCUGCCGCUCACGCGUUCAAUCAAAAGCAUCCCGACCUCUACGCUGUGUUACAGCGCAACCCCCUCGAAUACGAAUACGACAAUGACGGACACUACCUUGCGUACAGACACCCGAUCGUACCCCGCCGCAACGUCGACAGCACGUUAAUCCACACGGCGGUCAACUGGAGCCCGCCGUUCCAAGCCGCCCCAACCCGCGUCGCUGCCCACGUCGGCCAUCUCGAUGCUCCACCAAUUGACGAUGUUGCUGGUCGGGUCCAGGCCGAGUCGGAACUGUAUGCCGCGAUACAGGCGUUCCAGGCCGAGAUCGAUGACCCCAAGUAUCGGUUCGAGUUUACGAUGCGUGAGGGCGACGUCGUGCUCUUUGACAACCAGCGGGUUUUACAUGCUCGCACGGCGUUCCGAGACAAGACGCCGGAAGAGGCUCAGAGGGACGGGACGGUCGUCGUUCAAGGUGAGCCAACCCGAUGGCUUAAGGGGUGUUAUCUCGAUGGGUCGACGGUUUGGGAUAAGCUCGCUACACUCCAGGAUUAUUACCAGGAGGCUAUCCAUGGUGUUCGCAAGAACAUCUAG